UGAGCGCAACCGCUGCGCUUUCCUUACCACGUUCUCCCAUCGUCCUCAAAGCAAUCAAAUAUUUUUCAACCCGGUUUAGAAGAACUCAUGAAGAACUAUGAAGACCACUCGAAAAUGCCGCGCUCUGCUCUCUGUGGGUUUAAAUCUGUUAGCUCUUUUAUUUUCAACGACGGCGUUCAUCACGACCUACUGGUGCGAAGGGACUCAGAGGGUCCCCAAACCCAACUGCAGUAAGGAAAGACGGCAUAACUGUAUUGACUAUGGGGUGAACGAGACAGACCCUAGCAAAGUUCACUAUAGCUGGGAAACGGGUGACGACCGUUUUCUGUUUAGGCACUUUCACACGGGGAUCUGGUACUCGUGUGAGGAGAAUAUCCACGGAGGAGGUGAGAAAUGCAGGAGUUUUAUUGAUCUGGCCCCAGCAUCGGAGAGAGGUGUCCUUUGGCUGUCAGUUGUGUCUGAGGUGCUAUACAUCAUGUUGCUGGUUGUUGGCUUCAGUCUGAUGUGCUUGGAACUUUUUCACUCCAGUAAUGUGAUCGAUGGACUCAAACUGAACGCAUUCGCUGCAGUCUUCACUGUGCUGUCAGGUCUCUUAGGGAUGGUGGCUCACAUGAUGUACACACAGGUCUUCCAGAUCACAGUCAGUUUGGGUCCAGAGGACUGGAGGCCUCACACAUGGGACUAUGGCUGGUCUUUUUGUAUGGCCUGGGGCUCCUUUACAUGCUGCAUGGCUGCAUCCGUCACCACCCUCAAUUCCUACACAAAGACGGUGAUUGAGUUCCGACACAAACGUAAGCUCUUUGAACAAGGCCUGCGAGAGGAGCAAACUUUCCUGGACCCGGAUGCCUUCCAUUAUUUCCGUGACAGGUCUGUUCAGUCCAUCUCCAGCUCCGUAGACGUUUACCCAAGCCACGGGAGCAGUCAUGGAAGCAGUCGUGGGAAAAUGCAUUCCCCACCGCCUCCGAUGGAGCAGGGAGACAACACAGAGUCACUGGGAGAAGAACAAUGCUGAGUGGAGAUACGUGUGAUACUGCACAGGUGGCCUUGCUCUGACCGGAGAGCUCUUGGGUGGAUUUCUUGGAACACUGCUUAACUGGGAUUUGUGGGGAGUUGGGGGGUUGAAAAUGUUGAUUUGACUUGUUUUAAUAUGAAGUUCAGCUUUGAGAGUUUGAUGACUGUUGAUCAACCAAUAUGGGUUUUUCAAUGCCUGAUCGGGGACGAUAUAAUGGCAAUAUAUACACUACCCGUCAAAAGUAUUGAAACACUUUCUCACUCUUUAUUAUAUUUUUUUCUUCUUCACAUUUUAGAAUAACAGUAAAGUCAUCAAAACUAUGAAAUAUCAUAAAUGGAACUAUGGGAAUUAUGUUGUGACAAAAAAAGAAAAAUCCAAAAUAAAUCAUAACUGUUAUAUUUUAGCAUCUUCAAAGUAGUCACCCUUUACCUAAAAUUUGCGGACAUGUACUCUUGUUCCCUAUCUGUCACUCACUCGAUGUUGUGUCGAUGUAGUGACACUAGGAGUCGCUCUUGGGAGCCCCAAACACCUCAGAUCUUUGAGGAAAGGACAAUGAGAAUUGGCGAGUGGAAUUUGCAUGCCACUCCCCCAGACAUACGGGUAUAAAAGUAGCUGGCUCAAAACCACUCACUCAGAUUUUUUAUUUGGAAAAGCGGUUGUUUUUAACAAGCUGAAUUCUUCUGCAGGUCCAUUCACCUCUAAGAAGCGAAUUGCUGUUGGAUAUAUGGCACAUUUCAGCAGCUUUCUCUUCAGAUUAUGCCCCUGGGCGCUUCAACAGCCUAAGAGAGUAUAUAUUCCAGCAAAAGAGUAUAUUUUCUCUUUCUCUAAUUGAGCAAACACAUUGACGAGAACGUCUUUUAAAAGGUGCACCUUGUUAAAGAUGCCCUCCUGCCUCUGUGUAGUUUUGCGUGGUUGCUAUCUCUCCACCUCUGAUGGCCACCAUCACUGCCUCACGUGUCCGGGCCCUAAUAACCUUGAGGAAGAGUUUGUGGAUGGUUCAAGUUCUCAUUGAGAGAACAUGACCAUGACAAUGUUGCGGUCAUGGCUUUCUUUCUUCCGGGCGGAAAGCCAUUUCAGCCGCCCCCUCACGCCGGACCUUCUACCUACGGAUACAAGGCUGGCCCGGUCGACGCUGGAGGCGAUUUGGGGGCUCCAAUGGGUUUGGUUCUAUCGGAUUAACCCCCACGGACCACUCAUUCCCCAGCACGCUCGUUCGUUCUGGUCCAGUUCUGGGAUGAAACAGGCAGCUCGCCUCAGUGCCAGCCUAAUUGCUCUUUCAGAGCUCACGAGAUGGAUGAGAUUUCGAUUGCUGAAUCGGAGCCUUGGUGAUGUCAGAUGCCGAGUACUCGACUGAUCUUUUUUCCCUUUUGUUUUGUGUUCGCCGCACCCCAAAUGGGCUGCGGUACCCACAUUGUCAAAAAAGAGCAAUUUCCUCUCUCCUUGGGUUACACAGCCAGUGCCCACGGCAACAGGACACCAAGCACUCAUAGCCACUCGUGCGGUCCCCCAGCUUUCACGCGUUCGGCUGCACCACAUAGACCACAUCCCUGGCCAGCUACUUGUGAAAAGGCCCUUUUCCUCAGUCACUGACUGGCCCUAUGCCGGGUACGCAGAGCAAGGUAACUGCUUCGAGGUUCCCCUCAGCGCAGCCACCUCGGGAGGAAGCAUUACUCCUCGACGUGGCAUUUUCUGCUCACCCCCCCCACGCCGUGAGGUAAGUCAGAUGCGCGGCUAACGCAUUCCAACCCACCGCAUUCGUCAGGCGUCUGCCCAGUUCCGCAGUGUCCACUUCAUGGUGGUGAAGGGAGUUGAGAACCUUUGAGAGUUGCUGUGUGCACACAGGGACCUGGAGCUCACGCACCUCAGCCGUCAACUGGGCUUCGGGUCAACUGGGAAAAGAGCAAGCUCUCCCCAGUUCAGAGCAUCUCUUUACUCGGCUUGAAGUUAGACUCGGUCUCAAUGAUAGUGCACCUCACAAGCGAGCGUGCGCAGUCAGUGCUGAAAUGCCUCAUUCAAAAGUCAUUCAGGUGCAGGACAGCAGUUCCACUGAUAUACUUUCAGAGGCUCCUGGGGCAUAUGGCAUCCUCGUCGGCGGUCACGCAACUCGGGUUGGUGCAUAUGAGACCGCUUCAGUACUGGCUUCAGACUGGAGUCCCAAGGUGGGCAUGGCAACGAGGCACACAUUGCGUGGCCAUCACGCCAGUCUGCUGCUACUUGUUCAGCCCUUGGACAGAUCUUGCGUUUCUACGGGCAGGAGUCCCCCUACAGCAAGUCUCCAGGCAUGUUGUGGUUACGACAAAUGCCUCCAAGUUAGGCUGGGGCACCGUGUGCAGCAGGCAUGCAGCCGCUGGCUCCUGGAAAGGACAGCUACUGUGUUGGCACAUCAACUGCCUCGAGUUGCUGGCAGUACUGCUCGCCCUGUGGAGGCUAUUGCCUUGGAUCCAGGCCAAGCACGUGUUAGUCCAGACAAGCAAUACUCAACAGUAGCGUAUAUAAUCGCCAUGGUGGCUUACGUUCUUGUCGCAUGUCACAAUUCGCCUGACAUCUCUUAGGUUGCUGCAGGCCACUCAUAUCCUGGGCAACCUCAGCACCACAGUGGACACGCUGUCACGGCAGGUGACACUCAGGGGAGGGUGGAGACUCCACCCAGGUGGUUUAGACAUACACAGACAUACCAGAGGUUGAACCCUCCUAGGCCACGCCUCUUUCCCUCAUGGGACCUCUCCAUGGUCCUUCUGGGCCUUCGUAGAGCCCUGUUCGAGCCCCUAGAGUCAGUUGAGUUGAAAACCACCCUCCUGACCAUGCUCACUUCUAUCUAGAGGGUCGGGGACCUGCAGGCGUACUCUGCCAGUGAUACUUGCCUGGAGUUUGGUCGAAGACACUCAAGUCAUCCUGAGACCCUGACAGGGCUAUGUGCCCUAGAUUCCCACAACCCCCUUCAGGGAUCAGAUGGUGAGCCUGCAAGCGAGGCAGACCCAGCCUUGUUAUGUCUGUGUCCAGUACGUGCUUUGCAAAUCUACUUGGACCGCACGCAGAGCUUUAGGCACUCUGAGCAGCUCUUUGUCUACUUUGGCGGACAGCGGAAAGGGUACGCUGUCUCCAAACAGAGACUUGCCCACUGGAUUGUGGAUGCCAUCGCUUUGGUAUACCAGGCCCAGGCCCAGGCCGUGCCCAACCCCUUGGAAAUUUGAGCACACUCUACAAGGAGUGUGGCAUCCUCGUGGGCACUGGCCAACGGCAUCUCUCUAGCAGACAUCUUCAGGGCAGCGGGCUGGGCAACACCCAAUACCUUUGCAAGAUGUUACAAUCUCUGGGUUGAGCCAGUUUCAUUUUCACAGCUGGCCGGGUGUAUCGCUUGCAUAUAGCGCCUUUCCUCUCCAUGAGGCGAAGACGUGUGCUCCUUCCCCCAUGCAAGUUCAGGAACCCGUGAACCCUGGACGUCCUUCCUCCCUAGCCCUCUGGCUCGCGAAUUUGGCAGAGGAAUUCAUAGUCGGACCCAGUACUUGUGCUAGCAUGCCCUCUAAUGGGGUAGGUGCUCCACAGGUGCCGGUUACCCUGGUAACCCCCUGUGAUGUAUCUUCUAUGGUACAGUCUCCCUAUCGGUAGACCCGCAUCACCCUUUGGCAGAGCCCUCUCUGCGUUUGUGUUUAUAGAGUUCCUCCACUUCAAGGCAGGACCUACCACCGUGUUUCUUCCAUGUGCCGCUGUGAGCCCACGUGAUGUAUUUGCCACAUGUUAACCUCCCCUUCGGGCAGGAAAUGGUCUCCAACAGAGUCUUUUCCCCCUGAAUGAAUAGGAAAGGAAAAGAACACCUUCCCCGAAAUAGGCCCCAGCCUAAAAAGUACUCUGUGGAGAGAAGACAUAGAGAGAAAAGGCCGUGGCUGGCACAGACUACUCCUAUACUAGAUACGUCUCUCCCCAUCCACCUCCCCAGGGAUAUGGGGAAAUAUAAGACAUUUUUUGGGGCGUUGGGGGAGGCUACGUGCAGUCCGAGUGCAUCUGCUAUUACGCACACCGUAGCCUGCUUGCACCUGAAUCGCAGUCCAUGUAACACAGUUCUGUGGCGUUUUGUAUAGGGACCCUAGUGUCACUACACCGACACAAAGUCAAGUGAGUGACAGAUAGGGAACAUCUCGGUUACUCUCGUAACCUCCAUUUUCUGAUAGAGGGAACGAGACAUUGUGUCCCCCUUGCCACAACGCUGUACUAUCCACUGAAAUGUCUGGGACCCUGUCUCUGCUCCUCAUCACAAAUCCUGAAUGAGUGGUUGCGAGCCAGCUUCUUUUAUACCUGUAUAUCUGGGUGAGUGGCAUGCAAAUUCCACUCGCCAAUUCUCAUUGGCCUUUUCUCAAAGAUCUGAGGUGUUUGGGGCUCCCCAUAGCAACCCCUAGUGUCACUACAUUAACACAUGUCUCGUUCCCUCCAUCAGGGAACAGAGGUUACAACAGUAACCGAGAUGCUUUUUAAACAGUAUUGAAGGAGUUCUAAUCUAUGUUGGGUACUUAUUCUUUUCUUUAUUAUUUGCU